AUGGCUGCCGCCGCCGGCGGCGCAGCCGGCCGCCCGUGGCGCGUGAUCCCGCGCCCUGUCCUCGAGACCGUCCUCCACAACCACGCCCUCCACCCGCGCGUGCCGCAGCCGCUGCUCCUCCACGGCCCGCGCGGCGUCGGCAAGUCCACGCUCCUCCUCAACCGCCUCCUCCCCCAGUGGUCCGAGCCCCCGCACUACGCCGCCUUCGUCGACUUCCUCCGCCCCGCCCCCACUUCCCCCGCCACCGCGGCGCCGUGGUCUCUCCUCGCCGACCCCACGGCCCCCUCCCUCCCGUCCCUCCGCCUCCAGCUCGAGUCGGCGCUCGAGGGACUCACCCGCGCCGCGGUGCUCAAAGGCGCCGUCGGCUCCAAGGACGUGCUCGCCGCGCUCUCCCGCUCCCACGGCCUCCACGCCGCGCUCUCCCGCCUCGCGGGCCGCGGCCGGGGCACCAGCUCGGUUCCGGUGCUCUGGGCGAGGGCCGUCCUAGCUGCGACCUCCUCCGCCCGCGGCGAGGACCCCACGUUCCGCAUUGGCGAGGGAGAUGCGGCCAACUGUUCCAUGGAGGAGACGGCGUACAUGCAGGAGGCCAUGGCGGCGCUGCGUGUGGCCAAGGAACUGCUCCGGAUGCAGGAGGGGUGGAGGAAGGAUGCGUUGCGGGAGAUGAAUAGGACGGGCCGGUUCUCGCGUCCGCUGGUCAAUUCAGCCACGGACUGGCCGUGCCUCCUGCUCGACGUGCUGUCAGGCGCCGCUGAGGUGGAUUUCUUCCAGCCAAAGCUGGUGCUGAACAAUGUGGACGUACUUAAGAGGGCGGCGUGUGAGGAUGAGACUAUGGUGCCUGCAGCAAUGUACCAUGACAGCUUCAUUUGGAGGCUGAUCGCACUUGGUGCUAAUGAGCAGUGCUUGCCUGUGUUUAUGUCGACCUCAGAUGGAUACUAUUCUUCUCAAGCAUUUGUUGAUUUCGGUUUCCCUAAUAUCUUCAUUUCUCGUGAGACGUUUGGUUGGACACAACAAGAAGCUAAACUGCAUAUGGUUUCUGAGUUCUUCAGUGAAAAGGAGUGGAAAGUUGUUGAUGAGAUUCUUGGGACAAACACACGACACCUAUCUGAGAUAUAUAUGCUGAAGCAAAAGGCCAGUCGCCCAGAGGUUUUGCAUGACACAAACAUUGAGGAAAUUGUUGACACAUACCUGGCACACUUGCAAGUAUCUGUUGUGAAUCCUGCUAUGGAUACAGCAUUGAGUAUGGUGCAGAAGUUCGCCUCUGAUGUUCGUGAGGGUAAAAUACCAGAAAACAGACUGUCUUUUGGUGCACCCUGGAGACAUCCACCCAGGACUGACAACCCUGAUACGUCAUAUAAGUGGGCAAAGAUUCAACUUAUGGAUUUUGUCCAAUCCUUUGUAAACGCGGAAUUUGGGUUGAACUACCUAGCAGAUGAUAGCCUGGAAAUAUUGGAUGAUCCUGCAGCAGUGGCUAUGAUGGAGGUCGGCCUACUUUAUCAACAGAGAGAACCAUCCUUUAUGCGACCAAUCACUCGUGGGAUUCAACGCUGUCUUGCUAGAUGGCUUGUUCAGCAGAGAUUAGAGUUGAACCUUCAAGAAUCAAUAUCAUUCUUAUGGCAACGUGCAAUACGUGGGCGAAGCUACCGACACUUGAUGAAAGAAAUCGGCUACAAGUAACAAGCUAUAUUAUGUCAAGAAAAUUCUCUUGUGUCUAGAAGUGAUUUGAAUGAACCAGGAACCAUUUUCAAUUCUAUGGUGUGGAACUGACUUGUUAUUUUGAUGGAUUUA